CAGACACUCACACACACACAGACACUCACACACACACUCACACACAUUGCAUUAGGACACGACAAAGCCCCGCACAUCCCAUCCCAUCCCCAUCCCCAUCCCCAGCACUUGGGGAGGAUGGCGGCUGCCACCCGCAGCAGUAACGCCGCCGCCGCCGCCUCCUUGCAAAUCAAACACCCCGGGAUCGACCCCACCAGGAAGCGGAUAGACCCGAGGAGGAGACAGGCGGCGCUCAGCUUCCUCACCAACAUCUCCCUGGACGGGCGGCUGGUGCCGGGCGGCUGCGGGCGGCAGCAGGAGCGGGAGCGGCAGCAGGAGCGGGAGCGGCAGCGGCAGGAGAGCGGGGCUGGCGCCGGGGACGAGGAGCCGCCGGCGAGCAGCCCCCGCCCCGGCAGCCAGACCCUGCCCCCGCCCCCGCCCCAGCCCCAGCCCCAGCCCCCGCCGCCAGCCGCCCCGACCUGUGCACAGCCUCCGCUCUGCAAACCCGGGGCUCCCCCGCCCGCAGCCUCCUCCAUCGCCGCUCCGAUCUGCGGUGAUUUAGCGGAGGAGGAGGCGGCGGAGGCGGUGUUUGCGGAGCGCAGGUUACAGCCGUGCGGCGCUGCUGCCUCUCCGCUCGCCGCUGCCGGUGCCCCUGCAGGCGGCAGCAGCAGAGCGAGGAUCAACUCCUUCACUCAGGGAAUCCUACCCACUGCCUUCUCCAGACAGGCGUCAGUCCCCAACUACUGCCUGGAACAGGGGCAGAUGGGCAACAGUACUUUUGAUCUGCAGAGAUCCAGGCGCCGACUGAUUUCCCAGCGUUCUUCUUUAGAAACCCUGGAAGAUAUUGAGGAAAAUGCUCCCUUACGGAGAUGUCGGACUCUAUCAGGUUCACCCAGACCAAAGAACUUCAAGAAGAUUCACUUUAUCAAAAACAUGCGGCAGCAUGAUACCCGCAACGGCAGGAUAGUGCUAAUCAGUGGCAAGCGAUCCUUCUGCUCAGUGUUUUCAGUAAUGCCCUAUCGGGACAGCAGUCAGCCAGGGGAUGUGAAACAAGAGCCCGGGCGACAGAGACAUCCUUCCGGUGGAGUCACUGCCAAGGAAAUGAUGAUUGGCCUUGAAGGUGUAGAACUAGGGGCUGAUGGGAAGACUGUUUCAUACACUCAGUUUCUUUAUCCAACCAAUGUGCUGGGCGGCAGAAGGAAUACAAUCGAUUCCACGGCUUCAUUGUCUCAGUUCCGGAACAGCAGUCAUCGGAAUAUCCCCCUUGGGAGGGCAAACAGCUCCCAAGGGAGCAUUGACACAGGGAAUGAAGUGGGAGAGUUUGUGGAGUAUGACCCCAACCUACUGGAUGACCCGCAGUGGCCCUGUGGAAAACACAAGAGGGUUCUGAUAUUCCCUUCUUACAUGACAACAGUAAUUGAAUAUGUCAAGCCAUCCGAUCUCAAAAAGAACAUGAAUGAAACCUUCAAGGAAAAGUUUCCUUAUAUCAAAUUGACGCUCAGUAAAAUCCGGAGCCUGAAACGUGAGAUGCGGAAGCUGGCUCAGGAGGAGUGUGGCCUGGAAGAGCCCACUGUCGCCAUGUCCUUUGUCUACUUCGAAAAGCUGGCCCUCAAAGGGAAGCUCGAUAAGCAGAACCGCAAACUGUGUGCUGGUGCUUGUGUUUUAUUGGCAGCCAAAAUAGGCAGUGACCUCCGAAAACAUGAAGUCAAGCAUCUGAUUGACAAACUGGAAGAAAAGUUCAGACUCAACAGACGUGAACUCAUAGCAUUUGAGUUUCCAGUGUUGGUGGCCUUGGAAUUUGCUCUCCAUCUUUCUGAACAUGAGGUGCUCCCACACUACAGAAGACUUAUGCAGCAUUCCUAGCCCAGGCCAUAUAUCAGGCCAGGCCAAUGCUUUAUUCAUCAUCAUGUUUCUCCUCUGCCCCCAAAGAGCUCUGUGUGCUGCUGGAAGUAAAUGGAACACUAAGAA